UUUGUGGUGAAGUUGUCGCUCCUGGGGCCGCCCGCGGUCUCCGGGAUCGUGUUGUCAGCGCUCGGGUGCUUGCUAACCUUCGGCCCCGGCCCCGCCUGCUUGAGCCUUAGCCCGACAGCAAAGGGCGCCGGAAGAAUCGACCUCUGCUGCCUGGCUCUGAUGCUGGCCUCUGGUAGAAGGAAGUUCCUUUCGGUUCUUCUGCAGACCCAGAGGUGGCCCUCUCAACCCUCCAGAGACAUGAGACUGGUACAGUUCCAGGCACCCCACCUGGCCGGACCUCACCUGGGCUUGGAGUCAGGGAAUGACAGCGGGGUCAUCGACCUCAAUGCCUUUGACUCCACACUCCCCAAGACGAUGGUGGAGUUCCUGGAGCAGGGAGAGGCCGCCCUCCAGGUGGCCAGAAGAGCCCUGACAGCUUCGUUGCCAGUCCUGCGACGCUCAGAUGUGACCUUCCUGUCCCCGGUCACUCGGCCCGACAAGGUGGUGUGUGUGGGCAUGAACUAUGUGGACCACUGCAGAGAGCAGAAUGUGCCCGUGCCCAAGGAGCCCAUCAUCUUCAGCAAGUUCGCCAGCUCCAUCGUGGGGCCCUACGACGAGGUCGUCAUCCCGCCGGAGAGCCAGGAGGUCGACUGGGAGGUGGAACUGGCUGUAGUCAUUGGGAAGAAAGGCAAGCACAUCAAGGCCACAGAUGCCAUGGAUCACGUGGCCGGCUUCACUGUGGCACACGAUGUGAGUGCUAGGGACUGGCAAACGAGACGUAAUGGGAAGCAGUGGCUGCUGGGAAAAACCUUUGACACCUUCUGCCCCCUGGGCCCUGCUUUGGUGACUAAGGACAGUGUGACAGAUCCACAUAACCUGAAGAUCUGUUGCCGCGUCAACGGGGAAGUGAUGCAGAGCAGCAGCACCAGCCAGAUGGUGUUUAAGACGGAAGAGCUGAUUGCCUGGGUCUCCCAGUUCGUCACUCUUUACCCAGGGGACGUCUUCCUGACUGGGACCCCCCCAGGUGUGGGUUUAUUCAGGAAACCCCCCGUCUUUCUCAAGAGGGGAGAUGAAGUCCAGUGUGAGAUCGAGGGUCUAGGCAUCAUCAUCAACAAGGUGGUAUGAGGGCACCUGCAGCAGGCCCUGGACUUGCAGCGAGGCAGAGGCAUCAUCCCCUUGGUGACCCGGACUGCCCAGUGAUAGAGUGGGCUGUGGCCCUCUCCCAAGUGUAAGGGAGAGGAGGUGGGGCGAGUGCCCCUCAAUAAAGUUCCCAGGCAAGAGCAGCA